UUCUCUCCUCUGUUCACUCUUGCUCUCCUUUUUACCAACUCUCACGGCAAACGACCAGGAACUAUUGGCCCUAUAGGAGACCUCAUCAUCUCCAAUGGAAACGUCAAUCCCGAUGGCUUUGAACGUGUCGCUGCAUUGGCGAACUCGCAAAUAGACGGCGCGCUCAUUAGGGGAAGCAAGGGAGAUAUCUUCCAAAUCAACAAGCACGUCUAUCGCACGUUGUUCCUUUCUUCGACCAUUUUCGUGUCUCAUGCGUUCCUCCAGCACUGGCAUGGUCUCUUACAGAAAGGUACUGGUUGGGCUGAUGGGGCUGCUUCUGUUAGUCAGUGCCAUAUCGCAAAAGGAGACUCGUUUCUGUACACUUUUGAUUCUGCCGACCAGGCUGGAACGUUCUGGUACCACUCUCAUUUGUCUACUCAAUACUGUGACGGGCUUCGCGGGCCCUUCAUUAUCUAUGAUUCCAAUGAUCCACAUGCCGACUUAUACGAUGUUGAUAAUAACAGCACUAGUAUCUUGACUUUGUCAGACUGGUAUCAUACGCCUGCGAAACGGGUGACUCAGACCUUCCCUACUCCGGACGCAACACUUAUCAAUGGCUUGGGACGAUGGAGCAAGGACCCUUCGCACGAUUUGGCCGUCGUGAAAGUCACUAAAGGAACACGGUACCGUAUACGGAUGAUUAACGUCGGCUGUGCUGCAACGUUCACCGUCUCUAUUGAGAGCCAUUUGAUGACAAUUAUCGAAGUCGAUGGUGUGAACCACGUUCCAUACACUGUGGAUGAAAUCCAGAUCUUCGCAGGCCAACGAUACUCAUUUGUUUUGAACGCGAAUCAAGAGGUUGGCAACUACUGGGUCCGCGCCAACCCCGAUCUUGGUACUCUAGGAUUUAAAGGUGGUAUCAAUUCCGCCAUCCUCCGAUACUCUGGUGCCAAUAAUGUGGAACCCGAAACCAUGUCUUUCACGGGCGUAUUGAAAAUGAACGAAACCGAUUUGGUGCCCCUCGAAAAUUCCGGAGCUCCUGGGUCUCCCGAAGUCGGAGGUGUUGACUUGGCGCUUCACCUAGCCUUGGCUUUUAAAACCUCCGGAGCGUUCACGGUCAACGGAGCAUCAUUCGUUCCUCCGACAACCCCAAUUCUUUUACAGAUUCUGAGCGGUGCGCGGAAUGCUAAUAACCUCCUUCCCGAGGGUUCUGUCUACUCUCUUCCGGCGAACUCCACAAUCGAAAUUUCUAUGUCAGGCGGUGGAGGACAUCCGUUCCAUUUGCACGGUCACACCUUUGACGUCGUCCGAAGUGCCGGUAGUGCUAAAUACAACUAUAAGAAUCCUGUGAGACGAGACGUCGUCAAUGUCGGUAAUGCGCGCGACAAUGUUACGAUCCGGUUCACGACUGAUAACCCUGGGCCAUGGUUCCUUCACUGCCAUAUUGAUUGGCACUUGGAGGCCGGACUCGCAGUGGUUUUUGCAGAAGCUACAGAGAGCUGGAAAUCUACUAUUGACCCCACUGGUGUGUCCGACUCAUGA